AUGGGCGCACUAAUAUCAACAACGAUCCUCAAGGAUGGCAUGUCCGGCCCCCAAUACGCGGACAUAUUCCUUAAAAAUAUAUCUCCUUAUGAUUACGCACAAAGUGAUGGCAUAACCAAUAUUGACAUCUUCUUCCUCCCUCCCCGCAUCGUGGGCUCUCAAAACGGGUUCAUCUCGGCUGCCGCAGAAGUCUUCGACACGAACAGAGCACUUGUCAUUCGGGUGGAUGAUAUCUGGCUUGCUAUUCUUGCACUGCUGAAACCCGAUAUCUACAAAGCUUUGGACCGUGAGGUAGACAUGGAGAUUCCGAAAUUUACCCGAGAACAACUCAACGACUGGCCUUUGGUGGUGAGAUGCCUGUGCGAGAUGGCCAAGUCGAGGUUUGGUCCUGAGGACUACGAUCUUCUUAUGCCCAAGUUCAGCACCACCACGGAGACGCAUUCGGGGGCGGCCGCUCUUAUACUACUAGGCAGUGAUUGCCCAGCUCAAGCUCAUCGGAAACUCGAGAAGCGCCUGCAUCCUGACUAUCGCGGGGCCAUGGCGGUCAAUGGGGCUCGGACGGACUUGGAAAAAAUGCGGAACAGCAUCUUGAGACUCAGCACCCGGUUCCCGAAGCUGGAACAUACGUUAUUUCGUCUUGACAACUUUGUGGACAGAUUGUUACGAGCUGGCUUUCAGAAGGAAUUCUGGGACCAAAUGCUCGAAACAGACGAGCAGGGACGUGUGACUGGUGGGUGGCUUUCUGUCUUCUUCGAUCGUCGGAAAGCAACCGUGUCGACACAGGCCAAACUCUAUUUCGGUACUCUCACUUCUGCUGUUGCAACGAUACCUCUUGAGGUCGAUUUUGGUGAGGGCACCUGGUACUGUACAAUGGUUGGAGGAUUAUUCGCGCAUACCCGCGACGAGCCAGGUGUUGGCAACUACGAAUCUAUUGCUGUUGAGCCGUUGCCUGGCUGGCUUGUCUACUUGGACAAAGAUCCCGAAGGGUCGAAAUCAAAUGAAGCCACUACGGUGGAGGUCAAAGGACACUAUGAUUGA